UCGCGAUGGUGUUGUGACCCGGCGUGAUGAUGAGGCUCGACGCGAACGAGAAGCAGCACCGCUACCACAAUCUGCUGCACGACGACCAUGCCAAUGAAAUGCUAGAAGGCGAGGGCGCGGGUCUGGCUGCCCGCGUCGCCGAGCUCGAGGUCCGCUGCGCGCGGCAGGCCGAAGAGCUGCUGUGCCUGCGCUCCACACUCGCCGACGCGCUGCGACGACUCAACGCACUAGAGGGCAGAGCGCCCCCCGCGCCCGCCGGCCAGAGGAACGGCGCCUACACAGGAUCUCAGCAGGGCACUCCAACGCGAGAGCUGAGGCUGCGGCAGCCGUCUUACCGGGAGACCGCCAAGCGGACUUCCAGCUACGGAUCCACAGGAUCUUCGUUGCCACAGAGACGCGGCCCGCAGCACCAGUCCACCGGCUCCCUCCAGUCGGACUCGCCGGCGUCGUCGUCGUCGCUGUCGCCCGCGCCCUCGCCCUCGCCCCGCGCCACCCCCGCGCCCCUCCACCCUCACCCGCCGCAGCCGUACAGGUAUAGCGAAUCGCGCAACAACUCCACGUCCAGCAACCAGAGCCAGUCGCCUGGCGUCAACCUCACCAAGCGGUGGAGUUCAACCGGAGACUUCAACGCUCAAGGGCUCAUCUCCUCCUCCAGAUUUACAACAACAAAGUCGUUGCUAAAUUUGUAUUCUAAGCCGACACAGAAUGGGCCUAUCCUGAAGCACGGCACUCACACCUGCCAGUACAAUGAAGAAGACGGCUCCAUGCGGAUGUACCUCCGAGGAAGGCCCGUGGUGCUACACGCUCCCAGCAGCCUGGAGGGCCUGGACCCCGCCAAGGUGGCCCCCCCGCCGCAGAAUAAGCUGAAGCUGGAGUGGGUGUAUGGGUACAGAGGCAAAGACUGCCGCAGCAAUCUCUACCUUCUUCCAACGGGGGAGAUAGUCUACUUCGUGGCAGCUGUUGUGGUGCUGUUCAACGUGGACGAGCAGUGCCAGCGCCAUUACACCGGUCACACUGAUGACGUCAAGUGCCUGGCCAUUCACCCCAAUAAGCUGAUUGUGGCUAGUGGCCAGUGCGCGGGCCAUGACCGUCAUGACGCCAGGCCUCACGUCCGCGUGUGGAACUCAGUGUCUCUCGCCACUUUAGCAGUGCUGGGCGCGGGGCAGAUUGAGCGCGCGGCGGCGUGCCUGUCAUUCUCGCGCGCGGACGGCGGCGCACUGCUGGCCUGCGUGGACGACGGGCCCGACCACUCCAUCUCCGUGUGGGAGUGGCAGCGGCCGGAUAAGGGACACUGCUUGGCUGAGACCAAGUGCUCCGUGGACACAGUAGUAGCGGUGGAGUUCCACCCGCUAGACCGCAACCAGAUCGUGACGUGCGGCAAGAACCACAUCGCGUUCUGGACGCUGGACCACACCAACAUGCUGUACAAGCGGCUCGGCGUGUUCGACUCGCGCGACAAGCCCAAGUACGUCACGUGCCUCGGCUUCAACCAGAGCGGCGACGUGCUGUCGGGCGACUCGAACGGCAACAUCAUUGUGUGGGGGCGCGGUACUAACACCGUGGCUAAGCUCGUGCGUGGCGUGCAUGAAGGCGCCAUCUUCUCCAUCUGCUGUCUCAAGGACGGUCGAAUUCUGAGCGGAGGAGGCAAGGACGGGCGAAUAGUCGCCUUCGAUGCUGAAGUCAAUGCCCUCGGUGUGGAGAAUGUGAUCGAAGGACACUACGGCGGCGUGCGCGUGGUGGCGGAAGGCCGCGGCAGCCAGCUGUUCGUGGGCAGCACGAAGAACUGCGUGCUGCACGGAGACCUGGAGCUUGGCUUCUCGCCCGCCGUGCUCGGUCACGUGGACGAGGUAUGGGGAUUAGCGACGCACCCGACCCUGGCGCAGUUUGUAUCAGCCGGCUGGGAUCGCUUACUGCAGCUGUGGGACGGGCUCAGCCACUCUACAGUUUGGAGCAAGGACAUCGAGGAGCGUGCGCAAUGCUGCGCUUGGUCGGCAGACGGCGGCGUGAUCGCGGUGGGUGCUCUGUCAGGACGCUGGAUGGUGUUCGACCCGCACUCGCGCGAAAUGCUUGCUAGCCACCAUGACGGCACGGAGCCGAUCCAGACGAUCCAAUACUCGCCGGACAACCGGCUGGUGGCGCUGGGCUCGCGCGACAACUUCAUCUACGUCUACCGCGUUGACGACGCCGGCGCGCGCUACAGCCGCGUCGGCAAGUGCCUGGGUCACUCCAGCUACAUCACUCACCUAGACUGGUCGGAAGACAGCCAGUACAUAAGGAGCAACUCAGGGGACUAUGAACUACUGUUUUGGAACGCGACGACGUGCCGGCAGGUGACGUCGGCGUCGUCGAUGCGUGACGUGGCGUGGGCUUCCAACUCCUGCCCCAUCACAUUCACCACCGUCGGCGUGUGGCCCGAGAACGCUGACGGGACGGAUAUCAAUACUUGCACCAGGUCACACGACGGCCGCCUAGCAGCGACCGGCGACGACUUCGGCAAAGUGAAGCUGUUCGCAUAUCCCGCGCCGCAGCCGCGGUCUCUCUCGCACGCGUACGGAGGCCACAGCUCGCACGUCACCGCGGCCAGGUUCUUACCCGAUGACUCCAGGCUGUUGACCGCUGGAGGACUAGACACGGCCUUGAUGCAGUGGCUCGUCGAUUAGGCGAGAAAUAGAAUCUGGAGCUCACGUGUAAACACCAGCAGUUGAUGGCGAACGAAACAAAAAUUAAAGUUUCUUGUCUUGUCUUUUUUAAGUCCGUAUUAGGCCUCCCUGUCGCACGCCCACGGCUAGAUACGGCCUUGAUGCAGUGGCUCGUCGAUUAGGCGAAAAAUAAUGGAAUCUGCAGCUCACGUGUAAACACCAGAUGGCGAACAAAACAAAAACAAAAACUACAGUUUCUUGUCUUGUCUUUUUUAAGUCCGCAUUAGAAACACCGCUCUCGUGCAGUGGCUCGUCGAUUAACUCAUUUUUCCAGUUACUGCAACUCACGUGUAAACACCAGCAGUUGAUGGCGAACGAAACAAAAAUUAAAGUUUCCCGCUGCCAGGUUCCUGCCCGAUGACUCCAGGCUGUUGACCGCUGGAGGACUAGACACGGCCCUGAUGCAGUGGCUCGUCGAUUAACUGGAAAAUAGAAUCUGGAGCUCACGUGUAAACACCAGCAGUUGAUGGCGAACGAAACAAAAAUUAAAGUUGCUUGUCUUGUCUGUUUUAAGUCCGUAUUAGGCCUCCCUGUCGCACGUCUACGGAGGCCACAGCUCGCACGUCACCGCUGCCAGGUUCCUGCCCGAUGACUCCAGGCUGCUGACCGCUGGAGGACUAGACACGGCCUUGAUGCAGUGGCUCGUCGAUUAAG